AUGCAAUUAUACCUAGCUCUCAGCUGUUUAUUACUAGUUGUAGAAUCUAAAAUUCAUAUUUUCGAGAGUAAAACUAUUCCUGCCCAAAGAGGUACCAGAAUCUAUUUUUUAACGAAUGGAAAUGAAGAAGAUUUGAGGGACAUUACAAUCAAAGCAGAAAAAAGUCAGAUCGAUACGAAUGUAUCCAAAUAUUCUGUCCCACAAGUCGACGGUUCCUUGAAUCCUCUCACGAUAACUGCGGACAAUGAUACCGUUGUCAUAACGAGACCAGUUGGAAAUACAACUCCAGUGACUGUAUAUCAGGAUAGAAUAACUGAUAGUUUGAACGUAUUCCCUGUAUUCUCGAAUAGUGCAAUUCAAUUCAAAAGCGGAAAGAACGUUUUCUUUGCGGUCGACAAACCGAACGGAAAGAUUAUUACAAUCAAGAAUCUGAAAGUCGACAGACAAAACAAUGGAUUCCUGAGAGCUUAUUCUGGUGUUCCUGGAGAUCUAAUUCCAUCUCCGUACUUGUUUUUCUCUUCUGAUCUAUAUGAUGAUGUGAACUUCUACCAACAGCUUGAUAUUCCACUUUCUGAUUUUUCGCUGGACGUAGUAUUCUCAGGAGUCACUACAAUCAGUGAUCAUGUUAUUCCAGCUACAACAACCCUCCAAUCUGCUGGUCUAGUAAUGUCUCCGGGAUUUCCAACAACAAUGCAACCAAGUGAUGUCUCGUAUACUGUUCGUAGAACUGGGGAUGAGCUGAUAUCUCUUCACAUGAAUCCAUUCUUCUACAGAGAACAGUCUUAUAUGACAGAUAUCAAUGUGAAGUUUGGGUUCGGAGUGGAACAAGGAAACUCAUUUCCAUCAGAACUUAAUGGAAGGUUAAGUGCAUCGGGAGCUAUAAAUAGUGUUGAAGUGAAAUCAAUUGGUGCUUUCGCUAUCCAGUACUAUACGAAUUCCACGGCAACUGGUGGUACGGUUCCAGUAGAAAUCGGGACAACUCCAUCAGUUCAAACUACUACAAAGUCUUCAUAUCUGAAACAAGCCAGUCUUUCAUUUCUUACUUUAUUUGUUUCAUUGUUAUUGAGAUAG